AUGGCGAAAUCCCGUGAGCCCGUCUCCUCUUCUGGCGAGGAGGAAACCGAAAAUUCUUCGUCUGAGGAAAUCGGAUCUGAGCCCGAACAGAUCCGGAAGACUUCCCCACCGCCGGCCGCCGCGACGAAACCCCAACCCCAAACCCCUUCCGCCAUAAUACCCGCCCAGGAUUCUGAAUCCGAAUCCGACAGGAAAGCCAGAAAAAAUUCCAAGUCGAAGAAGUCGAGGGCCAGAUCUACCAGGAAGAGGGCCGUCGAGGAGGUUAAAGGGACGGAGCCCACUGUCACCAAGAAGUCGAAGAACAGCAAGAAAGCCCGUGAGCCCGUCGAGGAAACCGACGAUUCCUCGUCUGAGGACAUCGGAUCUGAGCCCGAACAGAUCCGGAAGACUUCCCCACCGCCGGCCGCCGCCUCCGCUUCAGCGGCCAGAUCUACCAGGAAGAAGGCCGUCGAGGAGGAUAAGGGGACGGAGCCCGCUGUCACCAAGAAGUCGAAGAAGAGUAAGAAGGCUGAACCCGAGAAGAAACAACCGUUCCAGAGGAUAUGGAGUGAGGCGGACGAAAUCACUAUCCUGAACGGAAUUCUCCAGUUCAGGGCCCAGAAGAAAUCCGACCUAAAUGAAAAUUUUGACGCUUUUUUUGAGUUUAUCAAGAAGAAUUUGCAAAUUGAGGCGACGAGGUCCCAGCUGAGGGAUAAGAUUUCUAGGAUGAAAAAGAAGUAUACGAAUAACAAGAGAAAGGAGCAUGAUGGUAAAGGAAGAACCUUUACGAGCCAGCAUGAGCGGGAAGCCUACGAUCUGUCGGAGAAAGUGUGGGGGGCUGAGAAAGAAAACGGCAAUGGAAGUGGGUCCGAGAAAGAAAACCCCAAUGGAAGUGGGGCCGAGAAAGAAAACGGCAUUGGAAGUGGGUCCGAGUUGUUGAGGGGUUUAGGCGAUGUUCCAGCUGUUGAGGACAAGGAGGGGGAAAUGGGAAAUAAGGAGGACGAUGAGGCAUUGGAGAAUCUGGAGAUUGAAGAGAUGAAGGUGUACCUGAGGCUUUUUGAGUUGAAGGCUCAAAAGGCAAAGCUUUUUGUGCAGACGAUGAUCAAGUCCCGGGGCCAUUGA